AGUUAACAAAAAGCCACCAUUUCCUUCAGUUCAGAUUCACCACCGAUACCGCCACCGCCAUCACUACCUGAGUUCGCAGCGCCGCCGUCACCACCUCCGUUGAGCCCGCAGCACCAUCCUCACGCAAUUCCGAUUUUCUCCCUGUGGACUGAAAUCAAUGUGGUCGAUUCUACGAGCUCGAACGAGUUCGCAAUCACAGUCCCUUGUUCAACUUCAGCCAUGGAAGCACCUUGGGUUUUCCUCUCUGUCUACCAUUGACGGUGGAGGAAUCAAAAAAUUCCCUCUGGAUCUGCCGGAGAUCGAGAAGAUUCUAACCGAUGUUAAAGCCGACGACGUGAAGGUGAUGCCCGCUCCCAAACACUGUGAUUGGGCUGAUUUCAUGGUGCUCGCCACCGGUAGGUCCACCUGGCAUGUCAGGAACAUUGCUCAAGCCCUAGUUUACAGGGCUAAGCAGAAACAAAGAGGAGUUGUACGAAAGAUACUACCUAGUGUGGAAGGGGAAGAAGGAGGAAAGUGGAUUGUCAUUGAUUCUGGUAGAGUGAUUGUUCAUGCACUUGAAGAAAAAGCUAGAGCUUACUAUAAUUUGGAGGGUCUUUGGACUCAAGGGACAAUGCCAAGUGAACCUGUUGAGGAUCUACAAAAAGCUUUCGUGAAGGUUCGUCGGAUAAACAAUUCAAAGAAGAAACCUGCACAAUAGAAGGCCUAAUUGGUGUUUCAAGCAAGAGGACUUCAAAAAACCUUAAGAACUGUAGUUUCUGGCCUUGUAUCAGACGUAAACCAUUUGGUAAUUUGUAAAAUGAUUGUCAAGUAUAUCUUUUCUUUUUUGUUCUGAAUACAAAUUUUGCCAGGUUGUCUUGUUUGCUGCAAUGUAGUGUUAUUAGAGGACGUAACUCUUUACA